GCGGCCCCGCCCCCAGGCCCGACAACCUCGAAGCUGCUCGAGCUUCUGCCGGGCAACCGGCGCUAGACGCGCGCGGUGCAGAGGCCGCCGUGGAAGGCGGCCGCCCCCAGACCCGCAGUGCCAUGCGCAGGUGCUUGCGCCCGUUCUUUAGUUAGCGAGCUUUUGGUUAGGAACGCAGGUAGACCUGCUUGUUUGGCCGUUUGCAUUCCGGAGUCUGUGCCUCUGGCCGCGGCCUGUCGGAUGGUCGCUGGGCUUCCUCGUUCGUUCAGAAAUUUAGCUUACUGCGGACGCCAGCAGCCAGCGCUCGGAGAGAGCGCGGUCCACUCUGCUCUGAGGGCUUUACAGGGUCAGGCGCUAUUUCCCCGCAUUUUCCUCGAGGAAAUGGGCACAGAGAGGUUAGUAGCAUGCUGAAGGUCACACAGCCGGCGGGUGGGCAAGUCAGGAUCUUGCCCUGGGCCUGCAGCCCUGGAUCUUGGGCCCCAGGGCGCGCCCUGCCUCUGUGGCUCUGCGUGUGGAUCGCAGUCGCAGGCUCGCUCCUUGUGGGGCCUCUAGCCUCCCAGCCUGGGGCUAAUCCUGGGAGGUGCGUGGCAUGGGGCGCUGGCUUUGCUGAUGAGGAGACCAGACUUCAGAGGCCGUGUCACCUGGCCUGGGCCGCACAGCAGGUGCACGCCAAUCUCGCGUGCAGACGAAGCUCCAGAGGCCUGGCUGUCAGGAGAGUUCCUCCCCGAGGACACACACGCAACCUCCUGGACCCCAAGGCUUUAGACUGUUAAAACUUCCAUAUACAGGAAACCCCACAGGACGCAGCCAGCAGCUCGGGCCAUGGGUGCACCCGUCACCGCAGCCCUGGGCUAAACAGUGAACAGGAGCUCUGUGUCUCUGUGGUCGUUACAGUUGUAGGGAAUGUUCCCCGGGAAGAGUCCUUUUCAGAAGAUAUUUGCUGUAUUUUCAACAAAGGACUCUCCAGGAUGGAUGAGUAACUACAAGUCAGGAAGGAAAAGACUGACAACCCAGUUUUUUAAAAAACGGGCAAAGGACGUGAACAGACACCAUGCAAUGGCCCAGAGUGCACACAUCAUCAUUUCUCCCAGGAAUGGGGCGCCCGAGCCCCCAGGCGGCUGAACUUGUCACGUAGUGUUGGUGGAAUGCAGAGCAGCUGGAGAUCACCUGCUGCAGAUCCGUGCCUGUAUAUUCCACGCUUUGCACACCUGCUGGAAUUCGGGGAGAAGAACCACGAGGUGUCCAUGACUGCCCUGAGGCUCCUACAGAGGAUGAAGCGGGACUGGAUGCACACAGGCCGGCGCCCCUCGGGCCUCUGUGGAGCAGCACUCCUGGUUGCAGCCAGAAUGCAUGACUUCAGGAGGACUGUGAAGGAGGUCAUCAGUGUGGUCAAAGUGUGUGAGUCCACGCUGCGGAAGAGGCUCACGGAAUUUGAAGAUACCCCCACCAGUCAGUUGACCAUUGAUGAGUUCAUGAAGAUUGACCUGGAGGAGGAGUGCGACCCCCCCUCGUACACAGCUGGGCAGAGGAAGCUGCGGAUGAAGCAGCUUGAACAAGUCCUGUCAAAAAAACUGGAGGAGGUUGAAGGUGAAAUAUCCAGUUACCAGGAUGCAAUUGAGAUUGAACUAGAAAACAGCCGGCCAAAGGCCAAGGGGGGCCUGGCCAGCCUGGCGAAAGAUGGAUCCGCCGAGGACACCACGUCCAGCUUGUGUGGUGAGGAGGACACGGAGGACGAGGAGCUGGAGGCCGCGGCCAGCCACCUGAACAAGGACUUAUACCGGGAGCUCCUUGGCGGUACCCCCGGCAGCUCGGAAGCAACAGGAAGCCCCGCGUGGGGCGGCAGACCUCCGGCCCUGGGGUCCCUGCUGGACCCCCUCCCCACUGCAGCCAGCCUGGGCAUCUCAGACUCCAUUCGCGAAUGCAUCUCCUCUCAGAGCAGCGACCCCAAAGAUGCUUUGGGAGACGGUGAGCUGGACCUCAGUGGCAUUGACGACCUAGAGAUUGACAGGUACAUCCUGAAUGAGUCGGAAGCCCGUGUGAAGGCCGAGCUGUGGAUGAGGGAGAACGCCGAGUACCUGCGGGAACAGAGGGAAAAAGAAGCAAGAAUAGCCAAAGAGAAGGAGCUCGGCAUCUACAAGGAGCACAAGCCCAAGAAGUCUUGCAAGCGAAGGGAGCCAAUUCAGGCCAGUACCGCCAGGGAGGCAAUCGAGAAGAUGCUGGAGCAGAAGAAGAUCUCCAGCAAGAUCAACUACAGCGUGCUCCGGGGCCUCAGCAGCGCCGGCGGGGGCAGCCCACACCGGGAGGAUGUGCAGCCCGAGCAUAGCACCAGUGCCAGGAAGCUGUCACGAAGGAGGACGCCGGCCAGCAGAAGUGGGGCUGACCCUGUGACCAGUGUGGGGAAAAGGUUGAGGCCUUUGGUGUCUACACAGCCAGCAAAGAAGGCGGCCAGGGGAGAGGCUUUGCUCCCAAGCUCUCCCACCCUCGGAGCUGAGCCUGCCAGGCCCCAGGCGGUCCUGGUGGAGAGCGGGCCCGUGUCAUACCACCCUGAUGAGGAGGCUGACGAGGAGGAACCCGACGAGGAGGACGGGGAGCCCUGCGUCAGUGCCCUGCAGAUGAUGGGCAGCAACGACUAUGGCUGUGACGGCGAUGAGGACGAUGGCUACUGAAGUGUGGCCUCCAGGCAGGUGAUGUCCUGGCAGAGGGCCUCGUGGGUCUCCUCAGCAUCAGACGGGCUUCCAGGACCACAGCAGGCAGGCCCCAGCGCCGAGACCCCUGGUGACAGGUGGCACCUGUCCCACAGCCCUCAUCCCAUGUGGAACUUAUGGGAUUGUGUUUCUAUCCAGCAAGGGAAACCGGACCAACCAUCUGCGUGUGAUCAGAUGUGGGCCGGGUGUGCGCAGGGCUGGGUCCCGCUGCCUGCCGUCGACCUACCCGGGGACCCUCCAAGGCUGGCAGUGUGGUGUUGCUACUAUAAGGAAACAGGCUUGGGGCAGCCCCACUGCUGGUCCAAGUGUGUGGCGGGCUGAGUGUGCUGGCCCUGUGACUCCGGACCAGCUCUGGAGUCCCCAGCCCACCCUCCGCACCGUCCCCUCCUGAGCAGCACUCGGCGCCAGCGGCCUCCGCCAGAGUGGAAGCCGGAGCCCUGUAGGUGUCUUGCACAGCUGCGGGAGCUGAGGAUCUGGCACUUGAGAGGCAGCAGCUGAAGGUCCUCUGCCUCCAGCUGUGGCCCUGCAUCCAGAUACCUGCCUCGUCCGAGGCAGACACCCCCACCCCUGCCUCCUCUAGACCCCCCUCUCCACUGCCUGCACCGCCUGCAGCAGCAUGGGGGUCAGACUCCUGCUGCAGGGCCGCUUGAGUUGCGUGCCCAGGAGCCCUGUGGCUGCCGGCAGGUGAACUGAGUGCUCGACAGCUGAGACCGACGCCCACCUGUCCUGAGCAUAGCUCUGUAGGCAGUGCGGGCAUGGCCUGCCUAGUGUCCUGGCGCUGGGAGUUCCCCGUGGACAGAGCCAGAGGGCAGCGGCGCUCCCUGUCAGAGCUGGAUCAGGCCUCCCAUCCAGGGGGAGGGGAGACGGAGGCCUGAGAGCCUCCCCAGACCUCUUCAUGGGAAGGCCCCACUACCACCCGUAGGGGGUCUCAGCUCUGGCAUGGCUGCCCCGGAUGUGGCCGAGGAGGAGGCUUCACCCUGUGUCCUUAGGAGAGGGUGGCCUUGAGGCAGAGCCGUGCCGCGCUGACCCCCAGGGGACUCAUCCUCCCCAUGGAAUGGGCUGUAUGUCCUGUCCCAACUUGGCCCGCAGCAGGCCAGACCCGCCUUACCCCCGCCCAGAGCUCAGCAGCCAGCUUGGGUCCUGCUAGGGCUUCUUGAAGGCUUGAGGGAAGAAUAGAUUUAGUAAAGCAGAAAGAUCUGUUGUUACUUAACAGAAA